CACACACACACACACACACACUGAUUAUCUCAUCCUGUAACAGUGUUAUCAUCCUGCUGUGCUCUACUCACACAGCUGUACUCUCUCUCUCUCUUCAUUCAUGAGGUGAAACUACUUUCGUGGCGGACUCUACUCGCUCUGUUUAACAUGGAGGCGGUGGCUCUUUUCUCUUUUACAGCAUCAGAAACAGACGAGAUCAGUUUUCACAAAGGGGACAUGAUCAAGGUGACAGAAAUGGAGGAUGAUUCUUGCUGGUUCACAGCUGAGAUCCAGGGGAAGCGUGGCUAUGUGCCCGAAAACUACAUUUCCCUCCUUCCUCAUACGUGGUUUGCGGGACGGGUGUCGAGACUUGAGGCUGAGCAGCGUCUCCGCUGGCAGGACACUGGAGUGUUCCUGGUGAGGGAGAGUGAAUCCGCUCCAGGAGACUUUUCUGUCUCCGUUAGCUAUGGUGACAGGGUGGAACAUUUCCGAGUCCUGGAGGGAGGCGGUCAGUACUGCAUCUGGGACGAGUCGUUUUGCUCCCUGAACCGCCUGGUGGAUUUCUACAGAACUCACAGCAUCGCCAUGGAGAAAGUGGUCUGCCUCAGAGACCUUCCCUCAUCCCCUCGCCUGCUGUCCCACCCUGGAUGUAACCCUUACCCUAACCCUUAUAAAAGCAGCUCUCAGGAGUCCCUCCUCUCGCCCCGCCUCUACUCUCACCCCUCUCACCCAGAGAGAGAAACCUCCACACGUCUGCUGGAGCCAGUUUUGGGGAAACCUCGUCUGGCUCAUGCCCUCUGCGAUUACACCCCGCCUCAAACCGCCCACCUCCACUUCCUGCGCGGCGAUAUCAUUGACCUGUUGGACUGCUCUAGUUCACUGACCUGGAGAGGGCGCUGUCGAGGCCGAGUAGGAAUCUUUCCACGAGAAUACGUCCAACAGGUGUACCACUGACACUGACCUAUAGGGCUGUAGUGAUUUACCGUACUAAUCCAAUGACUGAACUAGAGCUGAAACAACUGGUUCAAUAAUUGAUUAAUCAACAGAAAUUUUCACUACAGAUUAAAGGCCCUGAAAACUUAUUUUCUCAAUCAGCUUCUUACAAUGAGCUAUGGGACCUUGCCAGGAGACUGUAUUUUCAGCCAAAGUUAGCACAGUUUGGUUAUUUAACAUGAGACAUUUCUUCAUGUCUGUUUUCCUCUGCGCUCUUCUCACUGGUUUAAAGUGGAACGAUAUUAUGUGCUUGUAUGUCUAUAUGGUAACACUUCAUUUUAAAUCUCUCUA